AUGAAGCUCUUUUCGGUCCUCGUCCUAUCCGCGUGGGCAGCCAUCGUAUCCAGCGCCAUCACCGCCAGCGAAUCUAGCAGCGCCAUAAGUGUUGGAAAUGACCGCCUCAAAUUCUCCGUGAACAAAGGCACCGGCACGAUUGAUCGACUUAGUCUCGACGGGCAAGAUCUUCUGGGUUCCGGCGGUAGGCUCUACCUCGACUGUCACUGCGACAGCGGAUUCUGGAACGGAGGCACAUUUCAGCUCUACCGGGGAAGCGAUGGGUCCAGCACGGCCUAUGCCGGGGUCCGCAUCUCGGCCAACGUCGGCAGCGGCAGAACUUUCGAAUCCUACUAUUUCUUGCGAGAUGGCGAGACUGGACUUCACAUUUUCGGCCGGGUUGCGUACCCGAACGGAGGUUCCCUCGGAGAGAUGCGCUUCCUCUUCAGGCCCAGUACCUCCAUCUGGAACCAUCUGUCCUCGUCUGACGAGAUGUGGUCCGUCUUGCCAUCCGGGGAGGGUCGAACGACGGUCCAAGACACAACAUACCGCAUCUCGGGGGAUGGCAUCAAUGCUCGAUACCGCACUCAAAUGUCGGACUACUUCUCCAAGUACAUGUUUUCCGAAUCUUGGGAAUACCACACGCACCACGGCCUUUUUACUGACGGCGCGGGUACUCGUGAUGGAUCUACCUACGGAGCCUGGCUUGUCAUGAACACCAAGGACACAUACUACAACGGCCCCAAAUGGUCUGAUCUGACCGUGGACGGCAUUGUGUAUAACUACGUUAUCUCAAAUCACCAUGGGAACGGCAAUCCCGACACGCGAGGUCUGGACCGCACAUUCGGCCCACAAUACUACUAUUUCAACAAGGGAGCAAAAGGUGCUUCGGUCAACGAUCUUCGCCGAGACGCCGGUCGCUUCGCCGUUCCUACCUGGAAUGCUGAUUUCUACGACUCCAUCGCGCAACACGUCCCUGGUUACAUCCCAACCUCUGGCCGCGGUACUUGGUCGGGCCGCAUUGCCCUUCCAGCGGGUGUCACGAAGCCUAUUGCGGUGCUGGCUAGCAACCGACGGGAUUUCCAGGACAACAACUUCGACACCAGAGCCCGUCAAUAUUGGGGCGAGAUUAGCGCCAACGGUGAGAUCACCAUUCCUCGCGUCGCCGCCGGUACUUACCGCUUGACGAUAUACGGAACCGGGAUCUUUGGGCAGUACAUUCAAGACGACAUCGUGGUUCGGCCAGGAGCUACGACCACAACGACCGCGACAUGGACUGCCGAAUCCGCCGGCACCGAACUCUGGCGGAUCGGGGCCCCGGACCGCAGCAGCGGCGACUUCCGCCACGGCAACGAGCGUGACACCACCCGAACCAACCGGCCGAAGCAGCAUCGUCUGUAUUGGGCGGUCCACGAUUUCCCCAAGGACUUUCCAAAUGGCGUGAACUUCCAUGUCGGGAGGAGCAACAUCACACGGGACUUCAACUACAUCCAUUGGAGCGUGUUUGGCGGCAAGGCGAACAGCAUCCGUCCGGAACCGUACUACAACAAUCUUAACACUUGGAAGGUGACGUUUGAUUCCACGGCGGCGCAGCUGCAAGGGAAGACUCGGGCAACUUUCACUGUUCAGCUCGCGGGCGUCAAGACUUCCGCGGGCAAUACAGACAGCACGAGCAAACCCUUUGCCAACUUAGAGUACACUGUCGCCAUCAAUGGCCGAAGUCUUCCCGUUUGGACCAUCCCUGCCAAUCAGAGCAGCUCGUGCGGCGCAAGAUCCGCCGCCAGCUGCUACAACACGCGAAACAAAUGGACUUUUGAUGCCAGCUAUCUGCGGCAAGGCCUCAACACCUUCACGCUUUCUCUCCCGGCAAGGGCUACUGCGCCCGAGAGUGCUGUGCUACCGGAAAGUGUCUAUUUGCAGUAUGAUGCUCUGAGAUUAGAAGUCUCGUGA